UGUAGCUCCACAGCCUAAAAAAAGAGUUGGCAUAUAAUAGGUGCUCAAUAAAGAUUUUCCUGAAUGGGGCCAAGGAUAUAGCCCAGUGGUAGAACAGUUGCCCUGUGUUCAUGAGGCUCUGGGUUCCAUCCCCAGCACUGCAAAACAACUCACUGGAGUGGCAUGUGGACCUUUGCAGUUCCCAGGGUGCUGGCGGCAGCUGCAGAGCCAAGGACCUGGGUCCAGACGCCCCGCUAUGGCAAGCUGCAUGCCUGUCCCCGCGCUCUUGCUGCUGCUGGGGGCCGCCACUGCUGCUCCCCUGGUGCCCACACCCCACAAGGAAGAGCUGACCCUCUGUCUAGCAGAGGUGGUCACCGAGGUGCUGGCCCUGGGGCAGGCCCAGAGAGGACCCUGCACAGCUCUCCACAAAGAAAUAGGUAAGACGGAGCCCUAUGGCUGUACAUCCCCCGAGGAAAGGGAGUUGUUGCAUGGGGACUCCAAGAAGCAAGAGGCUGGCAAGACAAGGUCCAGCCAGGAGGUGAGGGAUGAGGAAGAGGAGGCAGCAGAGAACGCCCACAAGUCUGAGGUGCAGGAACAGGCCAUUCUCGAGCAGCUCCACAGCCGGCUCCACCAGGAGGAGGAGAAAGAGGAUGAGGCGGAAGAAAAGAAGGGCCCCAUGGAGACAUUUGAGGAUGUGUGGAAGGGGCGCCUAGAAGGUACAGGGCCCCCCCAGAAGCGGGUGGCAGAGGCCAGUGACAAGACCUCCCGGUUUGGGGAAGAGAAAGCUGUGCAGGUGCUAGGCAAGGGCCGCAGCCUGUGGCAAGGGAGAGAGAGGGACACAGGACAGAGACAUGAGAACUCACCACACCAUCACCAGCAGCAGCAGCAGCAGCCAGGCGCUGAGGCCAAACAGGAGGAGGAGAAAGCCUCAGAGUGGGAGGAACAUGACAUGGAGCGGCUGGAGCACAUGAGUGAUGAGCUGAAGAAGGCCACUGUGAUGCUGGGGGAGGCGCUCAGAAGGGAGGGCUGACCCGCCUCAGCCCCUCUCCUUUCCCAAGUGCCCUUAUGGCUUACGACUAUUGACCCCAAAGCCCCCGCUUCACUUGACACCCCACUGCACCCCCAACCUGCAGGGGAGAGAGGAAGGGGGCACCUUGGAACCAAGCCUGAGGGGACAAGUCUGCGCUGGGUGGGGGCUGGGCUCAGACCCACUCAGGAAACCCCCUCCAACACCCACCAUACCCCUCCCACCCUUCUGAGUGAAUAAAGCACAAAGAAAACCAA